AUGCAUCAUUUUUUCAAGAAAGUUUCUCCUGUUACCGCGGUUUUAUCUCCGUCAAAGAAUGAACCUCCACUUCUCCAACCACAAGAGUUACCUAAUGAAGACAGAAAUAAAGUUGAUCUAGAUGAUGGAUCCGCACUUCUCCAACCUCAAGAGUUACCGAGUGAAGACAAAGAUAAAGUCGAUUUAGAGAAGCUUCCAAGUGAUCCCGAGGAACGACCUGACAUAAUGAGUUAUCCACCAAACUCAAUAGAAGACAUUCGUAGAGCUUAUUUACUAAGAGGUCCAUGUCAACCACGCAAGCAUAAUUUCCUUUCUACAAGCAAUGGAAAUCGAAAACGUAAAUUUGUCUCACUUUGGUUUGAUGAAUUUAAGAGCUGGUUGGAGUAUAGUGUUACCAAGGAAGCUGCUUAUUGCUUAUAUUGCUAUCUUUUCUCAAGACUCCAUCGAAAUGGACAAGAUGCCUUUGUAUCUAAGGGAUUUACUGCUUGGGGCAAGAAAAAAAGAUUAAGAGAUCAUGUUGGAAAUCAUACAAGUGAGCAUAAUAGGUGUAGAUUAGCAUGUCAGGAUUUGAUGAACCAACCCCAGCACAUUGAAGUCUCUCUACUAAAGCAGUCAACACAAUCGAAGCUUAAUUAUCGUUGCAGAUUGAAUGCAACGAUUGUUUCACUUCGUUAUCUUAUCAUGCAAGGAAUGCCUUCUCGCGGACAUGAUGAGUCCGAAGAAUCCUUAAAUCAAGGUAAUUUUCUUGAGCUUUUGAAAGUUAUUGCCUCUUGCAGCGAUGAGAUAUCUAGUGUUGUACUAAAAAAUGCUCCUGACAAUCUCAAACUAACAUCACCGAGAAUUCAGAAGGACAUCAUAAAUGCAUUUGGUGUUGAGACAACAAAACUUAUUGUACAAGAUAUGGGAAAUGAUUUUUUCUCCAUAUUAAUCAAUGAGUGUCGAGAUAUAUCAGUCAAAGAGCAAAUGGGUGUUGUGGUACGAUAUGUGGACAAGAAUGGAUGUGUUAUGGAACGCUUUCUCGGUGUAGUGCAUGUCAGAAACACGGUUGCAACCUCACUUGAGAAGGCACUUGAUUCUUUGUUAUCUAUGUAUGAUUUAAGUGUAUCUAGUUUGAGAGGACAAGGAUAUGAUGGUGCAAGCAACAUGAGAGGUGAAUUCAAUGGAUUGAAAAGUUUGAUACUCAGGAGAAAUCCCAGUGCCUAUUAUGUACAUUGUUUUGCUCACCAGCUUCAACUCACAAUUGUCGAUGUUGCCAAAAAGCAUACAAGUAUCGGAUCUUUUUAUAAUGUUAUCAACCGUUUGUGUAAUGUUGUUGGAGGUUCUUGUAAGCGCAAAGAUAUACUUAGAGAAAAACAGAGAGAGAAUAUUCUAGAAAAGAUUGCAAGUGAUGAAAUUACCACCGGGACAGGAUUGAAUCAAGAGAUGUCAUUAAAGCGGCCUGGAGAUACUCGUUGGAGUUCACAUUAUGGUACGCUUAUCAACUUGAUUCAUUUGUUUUCUUCUAUUGCUGAUGUUCUUGAAUAUGUGGGGGAGAAUGGUGAUGAUUCGUAUAGGGCUGAAGCGGAUGAUGUGUCAGAAAUUAUUAAUCGCUUUGAGUUUAUUUUUGUGUUACAUCUUAUGAAGCAAAUCUUGGGAAUCACACAUGAGCUCUCUCAAGUGCUACAAAAAAAGGAUCAAGACAUUGUUAACGCAAUGAAUCUUGUCAAAGUAGCAAAAGCACGUUUGCAAAUAAUGAGGGAAGAAGGUUGGGAAGUUUUGCUUACUGAUGUUUCUAAGUUUUGUGACAAAUAUGAGAUAAUUGUGCUUGACAUGGAUAAUGAGUUUGUACCUCGAGGAAGAGUACGUAGAACUCAAAAAAUGAAGAAUCUCCACUAUUAUCGAGUUGAGAUAUUUUGUUCUGUGAUUGACAUGCAAGCUCAAGAGUUAAAUCAUCGUUUUGGUGAAACUAACACGGACUUACUUUUAUGUAUGGCAUGUUUCGAUCCUAGAGAUUCAUUUUCUGCAUUUGAUUUGGAGAAGCUGCUUCGCCUUGCUAGUUAUUAUCCAUCAGAAUUUUCUGGAGUUGCUUUGGAUGAGCUUGAAAAUCAACUUCAAAGCUUUAUUUUUGAUAUGCGGAUAGAUGAAAAUUUUUCACAGGUAUCUGGAAUCGGUGGUCUUGCUCAGAAGAUGGUUUCUACAAGAAAUCAUGAAAUCUUCCCAUUGGUUUAUUUGUUAGUCAAGUUGUCAUUGAUCUUGUCGGUUGCUACUGCCUCAGUGGAAAGAGCAUUUUCAGCAAUGAAAUUCAUCAAGAGUUCUCUACGUAAUAGUAUGGGAGACCAACUGUUACAAGAUUGCUUAGUUCCUUACAUUGAAAAUGAUGUAUUUGUUAAUGUUACUAAUGAAACUAUUAUGCAGCGAUUCCAGAAGAUGAAGAAUAGAAGAGAAAUGUUAUGA